AUGGGCGGCAACGCCCUCGGCACGCAGGCCGCGCGCCUCUCCCUCCCGCAGCACGCCGCGCUGUUUGCGCACGUCGCCGCGCGCCUCUCCCCACUCUUCUCGCCCAUCACCACCCCGCGCUGCCUGGGCAGCAAGCAGGACCACGGCGACCUCGACGUCCUCGCCGGCUGGCAGGGGGUCGGGUGGGAGCCGUCCAAAGGACGCGGCAAGGGCGUUGCGGUGAAGCGGGACGCGGCGGAGCGGUACUUUGGUCUCGGCGGCGCCACGACGACAACCACGACGACCACGGCAGCGGCGGCGACGGCCGUUGACAACUGGCGCGCUGCAAACGUCACUAUCGAGAGCAACAAGGCUCUUGUCGACGCGUUUUGUUCGGCCGUCGCGGGGCUGGUGGGCGCCACGCACUGGGAACGGUCUGGCGGCGAGAUGAGCAUCGCCGUGCCCGUCACGGUGCUUGAUGGCGAGAGCGAGAGCCAUGUUCCAGAGCCAGCUGUCGUGGACGAGGCGCCCUCACCCAAGUCCAAGUCCAAGUCCAAGUCCAAGUCCAAGUCCAAGUCCGCCACCGCCAGCCUCCCACCGGCCUUCUACCAGGUCGACAUUAUCUGGGUCCACCCCACCGCCCACGCGUUUGCGGCCUUUGUGCACUCGUACGGCGUGCUCGUCCUUCUCCUCUCGCACCUCGCGCGCCAGGCCGCCGGCACACGCAGCGUCACGCUGCAGGAGCACCGCGUCGUCUUGCGCCUCAAGCCGUUCCCGGCCAUGCCUGCCGUCGACGUGCAGCUCACCGCAGACGUCGAGGCGUUCUGUACCUGGCUCGGCCUCGACUUUGGCGCUUGGACGCAGACGGAGGAGACCAAAGACGGCAGGCAGAGCAUGGACGAGGUGUUUGCCUGGUUAGAAAGUGUGCAGCCGGGCAGUAUUGGCGAGACGGGCUUGCGUCGCCUUGCGCGCUUUGGCGCGAUGAAGGUCAGCCCCAAGAGUCACAAGAAGCGCAUGGGCAUCCUGGACGACUUUGGACGCUGGCUGCGUGCCCGUGGUUGGGCCGAGGACGCUGCCGAUGUCCCGCCCGCGACGACCUCGACCUCGACCUCGACUCCGACCCCGACCCCGCCUCUCGCCACACCAUCACUGUCUACUGGCUCGUCGGCGCCCUCCUCGUCACCCGCGACUCCAGCUCCUCCCACCGAGCCGCCGUUCGCGGCACCCGUGCCAGUCCCCUCAUCUACGCACCUACCCGACACUGGCGCGAUCGCGGACGCAGAGCCAUACACCGAGGCCGACGGCGCCUACCUCCAGAACCGCCACGACCCCGAGAACCCCGUGCCCCCCACGGCGGCUGAGCUCGCCGUGCUGGAGUACUGGGGCCAGACGGACGCGUACCACUAUCACGUCGAGGAGGCCAAGGCCGAGGCGAGGCGGCUGGCGUCCAAGUGGGCAUAUGGCAAGCAGAAGGCCCAGAGGAGGGAGAUGGAGCGCAUGACGGGGCUGGAGGGCGGUAUGGCGAGCGUCCACCUCGCGUCUCACGCUGUGUGA